AUGCUGAUAUGUCAAGUGAAAGUCUAUAAUUUGGUGAUACUUUCAAAAUCAAUUGAUGAAGCCAACAGCGAUGUUCAAGAGAUGCAAACCAGUGACAGACCCGAUGUGGUAAAUGGAGAUCUUAAGCAGCAGUUGCUGCUCGAUGAACUCAAGUUUUACCUUCAUCAACCUGCACGAAAUAUCACGAGUGAAUCAACAUGA